CGCAUCCUGGAGGCGUUCGACCUUGAUCAAGAGCUAUUGGACAAGGCGGCGAGUCUCAAGCUCUCAUACGACGAAGCACUCCGACGACUGAUGGCUAAACACGGUAUUAAAACCGAGUUCGAAGCAUGGUCUGUCUUCGUACUGGUGCACAACCACGAAAGCGGCGACUACAAAUUUGCAGAAGAAUUCGGUAGAACUAUUGCGGCCUUGAAGCAUCAAUUCCGUAGUGAGUGUAGCAAUGCCGCUGAGCUGAGUGAUAACAACGACUGGGCACGACUAGGACCUUUUGUUGCUGCCAUGUAUACAGUCACAGCACACGAGAUGGAGAAUGCUCUGGAUGAGUGUACCAAAACCAAAACUGUCGGAGGCCGUACCGUACCUCUCCGCAUCAAGGACCCGGAGCAUAUGCCGCUGAUUUCCUUCCCAUGGCUUUUCCCGAGCGAGCUCGGAAAGAUUGCUACCGGUGGUAGGACUAGUCACCAGCCGAAUAGGACCAGCAGCCAGCCUCGCCAAACCAAGCACGUUCGCCCAGCUAAAUCAGGUGCUGAAAUCGGGGCUGUUGAGACAGCAGCAGGUACCACGCAUUACGGAGAAGUACUGGAUUUGGAGGAUUUAAUCGGCUUGGAUUUCAGCCUGGCAGCACCUCAAGCGAGCGACCCGGUCCCAACACCUGAGAUGUCAAAGAGCCCGAAUAUCGCCAACGAUAAUAUUGGUGCUUAG